UCCCCAACAGAGGCCCAUGAUUAAAAAAAAGUAAGAAACUGAACGGUCCAGAUCUCUCCAAUUUCCCUCUCUUCAUAAUUUAAGUACCUGUAAAUUGUUUCCUGCAAUUUUUGGGCACCCCCUAUUCCAGUCACUUCAAUCCUCUGCCUCCCGUUGCCGAACGCGACGAGAAAGUACCCAAAAAAAACACCGCAAAAAGAUAAAAAGGAUAGAAAGAAAGCGAACAACGUAGAGGAGGAGAAGCACAAGGAAAAGCGCCACAGCUCCCGCCCACUGUGGUUGUGGUGGCUUUGUUUUCCGGACGAGCCCAAUUUGAGGGAAAACAAACCCGGCAAAGGGAUAGAUAAACUCCUCCCAGAAGGAAAAUCUCGCUGCAUACGCGGGGAGUGCGUGCCUGUAGAUCCGACCUGCAUUUUGCUUCUAAGUAGUACCUCUUUCUCCAGCUAAAGCUAAUUAGGCCCUCAAGAUGGUGGCCCAGGGGUUUGUAGUUGAUCUCAAUAAACCACUUGUCUUCCAGGUUGGUCAUCUGGGUGAGGCAUAUGAUGAAUGGGUUCACCAGCCAAUUGUUAGCAGAGAGGGUCCUAGGUUCUUUGCUAAUGAUGUUAUGGAGGCCUUAACUCGUACAGUUUGGUGGGCAAUUCCAACCAUCUGGAUUCCAGUUGUAUGCUAUUUCGCUGCGAUGUCUGCACGAAUGGGCCUCGCUAUUCCCGAGGUUGUUUCGUUGUUGUGUUUGGGUGUUUUCCUAUGGACACUAGUAGAGUACACCUUGCAUCGCUUCCUUUUCCAUAUUAAGACAACUUCUUACUGGGGAAAUACUGCACACUAUCUCCUUCACGGUUGCCAUCAUAAGCAUCCCAUGGACGGUCUGCGCCUUGUCUUUCCUCCCGCAGCAACAGCUAUUCUAUUAGUACCAGUAUUUCUGGAACUUUGUUAAGCUUCUGUCCACGCCCACGACUGCGCCUGCUCUUUUUGCUGGUGGUUUGUUGGGGUAUGUUAUGUACGACUGCACACAUUACUACUUGCACCACGGGCAGCCAUCGAAUGAAGUUCCUAAACAUCUCAAGAAAUAUCACAUGAAUCACCACUUCAGAAUCCAAGACAAGGGGUUUGGAAUCACUUCUUCCCUGUGGGACAGGGUGUUUGGAACACUUCCUCCAUCGAAAGAAGCCAAAAAGAGUAGAUGAUAAGUUUGGAUAUGGGAACCAGUGCAGUCCAGAGUAGAGAGACGGGAACACACCAGCUGAUGGGGGAGGAAGGAGAAGGAAAGGGGAAGUAGUGGUGGGUGCUUUCUCUGGAUGUUUUCGAUGCUGUGUAUUUUUUUCCGCUGUCCCUAGACCAUAUAUAAAAUAUUAAUAUUCAUUCCUGUGUCUGUUCGAUUGAUUGGUUUGGUUGGUUGGUUGGUUGGCAGAUUAAAGGGGAAAAAUCUGGGUUUGGGAACAACUUUGUAGCCUUCUGGUUUUUUGUACCUAUGCUAUGUGGGUUUUGCUUGAGCAUCUCUGAGUUCAAAUCUCUGACGAGAAUAGAAGAAAAAUAUAUUUAACAGAAAAAAGAGAGUUGUUAUUGACUGUUGUCAUGUUGACUUCUAUCUCUCCCUCUCUUGGAAAGCAAAGUAAUAAUCUCCAAUCAGACUACAGUUCUAACGCUCUUCAAUUCCGCUACGACCCGUGAUGCUGAAGGAUCAGAUUUGGAAGUGCUGUUCUUCUAUCAAAGUAGACCAAGAUUUGUUCAUUAUUAUGGUAGGGCAUCGUUGUCUGCAAUCACGUGGAAUGUCUGUCUUCAG